AUUUAGGAACAGCUUUAUUUUCCACUAAAGAAGUUGAGGGAGUAAUUUUUUUCCAAAUUAGUUACUAUACUGUGAGACCAUUCUACUAGUAUGUGCUUUUUGGUCUUACUGUGUCUUCUUUGCCAGUUGCAAGCUAGAAAAGGAAGUUCCAGUCACAAGACAGACACAGCUGUGACUACAAUUACAAAUGCACGAAGAACAAGCAGGCCUCCAUCAAUAAUUAAAAGAAGUUUCAGUCGCAAGACAGAGACAUCUGUGACAAGAUCUACAAAUACACAAACAACACGUACGCCUCCAAUAACCAUUAAAGGAAGUUUCAGUCCCAAGACAGAGACUUCUGUGACAACUUCUACAAAUACAAGAACAGCAAGUAGGCCUCCAUCAACCCUUGAAGGAAGUUGCAGUCCCAAAACAGAGACAUCUGUGACAAGAUCUACAAAUACACAAGCAACACGUACGCCUCCAUUAACCAUUAAAGGAAGUUUCAGUCCCAAGACAGAGACAUCUGUGACAAGAUUUACAAAUACACAAAGAACACGUACGCCUCCAUUAACCAUUAAAGGAAAUUUCAGUCCCAAGACAGAGACAUCUGUGACAACUUCUACAAAUGCACGAACAGCAAGUAGGCCUCCAUCAACCAUUGAAGGAAGUUCCAGUACCAAGACAGAGACAUCUGUGACCAGAUCUACAAAUACACAAACAACACGUACGCCUCCAUUUACCAUUAAAGGAAGUUUCAGUCCCAAGACAGAGACACCUGUGACAACUUCUACAAAUACACGAACAGCAAGUAGGCCUCCAUCAACCAUUGAAGGAAGUUCCAGUCCCAGGACAGAGACAUCUGUGACUACAUCUACAAAUACACGGACAACAGGCAGGCCUGCAUCAACUUUUCAAGGAAGUUCGGUUUCCAACACAAAGACAUCCAUGACUACAUCUGCAAACACGGGAACAACAAGCAGGCCUUUAUCAACCAUUGAAGAUCCCUGCUUAAAGAAGCCUUGCACGAAUGGCGGAUCUUGUAACAGCAGAUCUGAGGGAUUCCACUGCAUUUGUCACUGGGGAUUCUCAGGGAAUGACUGUGCCAUUAAGGGAUGUCGCAGACCUCUGGGUAUGCAAAGUGGUGCAAUCGAAGAUUGGCAGAUCAGUGCUCGUGACCAUAUCUAUAAACCCAGUCCUGGGAGACUGCUUCUUGAUGUGGCAAGAAGGGAUGGGGACGCUUGGAAACCCUACUGGAGUUAUAGAGGCGUAUGGUUUCAAGUUUACCUCCAUAACGAAUAUACUUGGGUAACUGGUAUAGCCACACAAGGAAGCGUAACAACAUACUUCCUGCGUUAUUGGGACCAUAGAGGUCGUUGGUACAAGGAAAAAGGACAAAGAUAUGCCAAGGAGUUAACCGGAAAUAUGGACAGAAACACUGUUUUUCUUAACAAACUGGAGACACGCAUCAGAACAAGCUUCAUCCGUAUUUAUCCAUGGACUUGGCGAAUGACCAUAGAAAUAAGAAUGGAGCUGUAUGGUUGUAAAGACGAGUGUUUGAGGUACAAGCCAUGUAAGAAUGGAGGUACAUGCGUUCCUGAUUACAUCAACGAGAACUACACGUGCAUUUGUCCUGAGGAGUUUUACGGGGAUACCUGCAGAUUAGGUAACUUAUGCAAGCUUACUAAGCCUUGCUUAAAUGGAGGUACCUGCUCACCAAUCAGAUACUGGCCUUAUUUCCAAUGCAAUUGUUCUUCUCCUCACAUUGGAUUCAACUGCAGAGCCCGAAUAGACGAUCCGUGUUCAGGUCCACACAACAAGCCUUGCAAAAAUGGUGGAACAUGUACGAAGCAGACAAACGCAGUAGGAUACACAUGCAAAUGUACAUCGGAGUAUAUUGGGUUUGACUGCAGCUUCCUGAAAGACGAUCCUUGUUUUCCUAACCCUUGUCAAAACGAUGGAAAUUGCACCAGGGACGAUGGUCAGAAGAAUUUUAUUUGCAACUGUGCCUUUGGGUAUACUGGUAGAAAAUGUCGGAACCUGAUAGUUCAUGGGAACUGGAGUCACUGGACACCAUGGCCAAACUGUAACAAGCCGUGUAACAAUGGAACAAGAACAAGGAGGCGCGCAUGUGAUAACCCUAGCCCAGCUUUUGGUGGAAACCAAUGCGAAGGUUUAUCCUCUGAAACUGAACCCUGUAACCAAAACAAAUGUCCAGUCGAAAUUGUGAACUACCAGGUUAAGUUAAGAGGUGAACAAUGGGAAGAUUCUCUUGCAGAUCUUGGGAGUGAAGACUACGCAAAACUUGUGGAUAGAAUAAAAGAUGCUGUUAACGACUUAUACUACAGACGAGAUGAAAACGUAACAGUUGAUGCACUAAAUUUCCGGCAAGGAAGUGUUAUCUCAAGUUUCAACGUCACGUACCAGAGCAUAGACUCGUUACAGAUUGUCUCUCUACUGGAGGAAAUAGAGGAAGGAAAACUGGGGCACAUAUUUGCUGAGUUACUCAAAAUCACAACCCGUAACGUCCCAGAAAAAGCCCCUGAAAUGCUGGUAGCCAAGAGUACCACUUCGACAAGUAUUCACCUAACGUGGAAAAACGUUGCAGAACAUUCUGCUAUAAAGGGCUAUGUAAUCUUGUACAAAGAAGUCAAUAAAAAAUUCCACACUGAUACCACGAAGUCAGUGCUACCACAUCAAAAUAGUAAAGUGCUAGAGGGUUUGAAAAUGUUCAAAAACUACACCAUCCGCGUUUUUGCUUUUACGAGAAGUGGAAACGGAGUACCAAGUGAAGCUCACAAUGUUAGAACUCAAGAGGAUGUGCCGAGUGAGCCGCCACCUGACAGUGUUGUCAAAUCCACAAGUUCAAGUACAAUCAAUGUGUCCUGGAGACCAAUCAACCCAGCUUUCAUACACGGGAUACUUGUGGGAUACGAAGUUAGAUAUGCCAAGGAUGACGAUACACCGGAAUGGAAAAAUAAGAUAGUUGAUUCCGACAAAGACGAGACAGUUUUAAGUGAUCUGGAAUAUUUCACUCCAUACCAGGUUGUGAUCUGCGCAAGGACUUCUAAAGGGUGUGGAAAAAAUGUGUCUCACUCUGCUACCACAUUUGGUGAUGUACCCAGUAAGCCUCCGCAAAACGUGACGGCUGAGAAAUUAAAAGCAGCAGAAUCCAUCAACGUCACCUGGAAUGAAGUGCCUUUUAGUCACGUCAAUGGUCUGUUGAUGGGAUAUUCCAUAAAGUACCGAAGGGUUAAGACAGCCGAAGUAAAUGUAGUUCAUUCAGUGGAGGAGACAGCUGUGGCGAAGUCAAAUGAUCUCUGGAUAGUACUCACUGUUCAAACCUACUCGGUUUAUGCAAUCAGAGUGGCGGCCUUUACGCAGAAAGGCCUGGGACCGUAUAGUGAAUAUGAAUAUGGUGAGACCUGUCGCUGCCCAAAGAUCAUUUACACAAACUAUUGGUCAACUCCACCGUAUUUAAAAGUGAAUCAAGAAGACAACACAAUGGAUGGCAUUUUUAGCCACAUUGUCACAGAUAUGAUUUAUACAGCUUGCGGAGAAUGUCUUGCAUACGGUUCCACUGAAAUCGACAUAACUUCAAACGGAAAUAAACAGCCAUCCGCCAAGGAAAGCCUUGUAGACGUUCUUGGUGACAUCCAUGACGUUCCACAGAUAAGUUUCCCAAUCUAUGGCAACAAAUACGUUACAAGAUUUGGGGGGGUUCACGCUUAUGUUAACCUUGUGGAGUCCCCAGGAUUGGCUUUUGUAGCUGCGAAGAGGAUUCCGGGAGCGGCUGCAACGAACAUGAUAAACGCUGUGUUUUCUUGCUUUCCAUUGGUGAUACUGUCAGCAUGUAUGUCGUUUAUUUCCGGUUUUAUUAUUUGGCUUUUGGAUACCAAGAACAACCCGGGAGAAUUUCCAACCAGUUUUCCAAAAGGUGUAGGUGAGGGAUUCUGGUGGUCAUUUAUCUCCAUGACGACCGUUGGUUAUGGAGACCGCUCACCCCGUUCUGUUCCUGCCCGUAUGUUUGGAAUCGCAUGGACCCUCACAGGACUCGUUAUCAUCUCAAUUCUUGUUGGUGCAAUUGCGUCGGCGCUGACUUCCGUCACGGUCAAAUACCCAGUAAUAUUGUAUGGCUCAAAGGUAAGUUUCGAUAGCAAAGCCAUAACAGUUUUCCUGUACACGCUAGACAACAGGCUAAAAGGUUUUGCUCAUCUUUUUUACCAACCACUUGAGACCUUACGCUGCUUAUACACGAGUUGCAUAACAAGAUGUAGCUAUUGUAUAGCUAAUGAUCUCGGUACAGAAAUAGCUCCAGCUGCAGUGUAAAAAUUCCUGAGACGAACGCGAACGUCAGAACCUUUUUGAAACAUUGAGCUACUUUUCUGUUUAUACUUCUUUUCUAUUUUUCACAACUCAUCUGAAGCCAACAUUCUUCCAUCGCUAAAUUUUUAUAUCAAUACUGGACUUAAAAUAUUUAAAACUUAGGAA